GUCAAGGAGACAAGCCCAGCUGCGACGCUAGGUCAAACUCCGUCCCGAUAGUUACACAUCGACCGGAGUAAUAUCCCAUGGACAGUCCAUUGAGGUGCGGGUCGUGGUGGCGGUUGAGAAGUCACGUACAGAUUCGGCCGCGCGCAUGCCCCUUGUUACCAUCCAUUGUCGCUAUGCCGCUAAUGUAUCCUUGCAUGCGUAGACGGAGGUUCCCUGCGGCGAUGUGUGCCCUAAAGCCUCGACUAACGUUCACUUCUCCUCAUGCAUGUCGCAAGUAGAUGCCGGCGAUGCAUUCCAUUCACUCUCCAUCUGCCGAACAUCUACAGUGGGAAAGCGUAUAUGACUUAUGGAGAUUACUACGACAAUCCACUCACGGGCGUCAGGACAGUUGGGAAGAAUGGGAGGCCGCACUUGCCGCAUCUUUUAUGCUAGAAGCCCCUGAAGACCAGGUGGGCCCGUCCAGCGACUCUCUCGUCGCAUCACCGAUCUCCAGACUCCCCGAAGAGCUCUUCAUGGCGAUCAUGCUCCAAAUAUAUGACGACGGCUCCACGGGUCCCUCCUGGUACAAGAGGUUCUGGCGGUCGCUUAUGCUGGUGUGCAAGACUUGGCGAAGAGCGAUCAUCACGAUGCCCUCGUUAUGGCGUAAUGUCGACAUCUCCCAUGAGCCGCGCCUACUAGUCCUCUCGGUAGCUCGUUCUCGCGGUGCCACUCUGCAUCUCACCAUCCGCUCGGGCGGAACCAUGCUCGUCAUCGCGCCCCUGCUCUCACGGUUGCGCUCUACUAUCAGGAAGCUCAUGCUUCAUUGCGUUCGCAGCUUCGAUCAGUCUCAAUGUGCAUUUGUGCGACAACUUCUGUCGGAGGAAGGUGGCAUGCCAGCCGUGGAGGAGCUAGACCUGCAGUUCAUCCUGGAUGCAAGCGAGAGCCCAUGGGAGCCACCCAAAAUCACCUUUGCCCCCCCAAUCCGACUGGAUCAACGACUCCUCCCGAGAUUACACACAUUGCGCCUGACGGGUGUAGUGUUGAACACGGUGACGUUCAUCGGGCUCGAAUCCAUGAGGCUGCGCCACCUAGAUCUGACCUGGUGCUACGCGGACCAUCCUGACAGCCUCCUCUCCUUUCUGACAAUGCUGACUGCGUUCGAGUCGCUGGAAACUCUCCAAAUCAACUCUCCGGUGUGGGACGAAGCCUGUGCUCCUGAGGACGUGGUCGAAGAGCGUGCGUCUGAAGAUCUCGUGCUCCUCCCAUGCUCGUUGCGUGCCUUCACAAUUACCACGGACGACCACAGGCUCCUCUUGGACUGGAUCCUUCCACACGUCAGUCUCAGCGAAGACGUGCACGCCAAGCUCGACGCUUACAAGACGGACCCAGAGCCUGCUGGAGAAGAAACCCCGUUCACCUUCCGUUCUCUGAUCCCCGCGUCAUGCUCCCUCCCUGCCCUGCGCUCCGUACAAUGCGUCCGCCUCCUCGUGGUCACUCCACCCAGAUGGGCUCCGACGUGGGCCGGGCGCGUCGGCUCCCCGGGGUUAUCAGGCGGCGUGCCUCCCCCGGCCAACUUCAAGCUGCUGCUCUCGUUCUCUGGUAGGCUCGAAUACUGGGUCCAGCACGGGCGCUUCGGCCUCCCGACGCUAGUACGCGAAGUGGCGGAGCUGUUCGGUGCGGCCCCGGUCCACACCCUCGAGCUCGGGGGCGACGUCGGAUCGCUGCGAACCGAUGCUUGGCGCACGGUGCUACGUGCGUUUCCCAGGCUCUCGUCCCUCAUGCUGAGUAGAUGGAGGGAAGAAGCGCUGCUGCACUGGCACCGUGUCCCUGACGACGUGGUCCACCUCAGACUGGGGCUUGUCGCACUCUGCGAGGCGCUGGCCACUGCAAUCGGCGAGCAUGUGCUGGAGGAGGUCGUUCUGCGUGACAAAGACGUCGUCUGUACGCUGUCUCUCAAGGAUGCUGAUGGUCGCUACUGCACACCUACGCUUCGUGGUGUCGCACGCAACAGCGCGUUACUGGACGACACGUAUUAUGGGGAUUUGUAGAUUAGACCUGGCUAAAACGGGCUACACAAUGUAGAGCACGAUCAUCAGAGAACGCUACGCGCUUCAUUACAAGCUGACAUAGUUAUUCGAUGGGUUGCUACCCCGCAUCCUCCGCCUCAGUCGGUCGCUGGAGGCAUGACCCC